AUGCUCCCGUUCCGUCCUAGCGCUCGGCGUUGGGCGGCACGCAUAGUGCCCGCCGUAUCGAAGCCGAUAGCUGCCGCCAAUAGUCGUACAUACGCUGCUGUUGGAGCCGAGGAGCCAUCUUGGACUAAAUCGACAUUUCCCACCGCCAGCCCGGGUUCAGUGAGAGCUGGAAAUGUGGCUUCUAAUGUGAAGGAAAACAAGGUGCUGUGCGAUGCUAUAGCAGCAACGGCCCCACGGAACAACUGGACCAGGGACGAGAUCGCAGCGAUUUACAAUGAGCCUCUGAUGGAGCUGGUGCACCAAGCGAGCCUUCUUCAUCGCCGCUUCCACGAUCCUGCAGAGGUCCAACUAUGCACCCUGAUGAACAUCAAGACGGGUGGAUGUACCGAGGACUGCAAGUACUGCGCCCAGUCCACGCGGUACCAGAAGGGAACGGGUCUGCAAGCCAAGAAAGUUGAGACCGUCGAGUCGGUCCUAGCUGCGGCCCGGAUCGCCAAGGAGAAUGGCAGUACACGCUUCUGCAUGGGCGCCGCCUGGAGGGAUAUGCGUGGGAGGAAGAACAGUCUCAAGAAUGUCAUUGCUAUGAUCCAAGGAGUCCGCGGCAUGGGGAUGGAGGCCUGCGUGACACUGGGCAUGAUCGACCAGGAGCAAGCGCACGAGCUGAAAGCGGCCGGUCUCACGGCCUACAACCACAAUGUCGACACCAGCCGCGAAUUCUACCCUUCCGUGAUCUCGACACGUACAUACGAUGAGAGACUACGGACUCUGGGAUACGUCCGCGGCGCCGGAAUCAACGUCUGUUCCGGUGGGAUCCUCGGCCUGGGGGAGACGACAACUGACCGCAUCGGGCUGCUGCACACGGUCUCGACCCUUCCAACGCACCCGGAGAGCUUUCCCGUGAACGCCCUGGUGCCGAUCAAGGGCACGCCCCUGGGCGAACAGGAGUCGGUCAAGUUCCCGGAGAUGCUGCGCACGAUCGCGACGGCCCGGGUCCUCAUGCCGGCUACCAUCGUGCGCAUCGCGGCGGGCCGGAAGACCAUGUCCGAGGAGAAGCAGGCGCUGUGCUUUAUGGCGGGUGCGAACGCCAUCUUUACAGGCGAGAAGAUGCUGACGACGGAGUGCAACGGCUACGACGAGGACAAGGAGAUGUUUGACAGGUGGGGCUUCGUUCCUAUGAGGAGCCAUCAGAAGUCGCCGCCCAAAGAAGCGGCUUGA